CUUGUUACUGCCUGCCACCCACUCUGCUCUUACUUUCUAUUACAACCCCUUCCUCUAUGAUCUGAUCAUUCAACCUCAUUCUGUCUUCCCUUCAAUUUUGAUGAUGGCGGAUAAUUCCUCCUCAUCCCCAAUUCAAUCCACCAUCACCAACGCCACCACACCCAUGGAUCAACAACAACCACACCAAUCCAUAUCUCAAAACCUCCCUUCUUCCAUCGACUCCAGCAUUAAUCAAAUCACCUCAACCCCAUCAUUAUCAUCCCAACAACAACAAAUCCCACAAGUUUCAUCAUCCAACGUUCUAUCUCAACAACAACAAUUACUUCAACAACAGCAACAGCAACAGCAGAGUAAUUUGAUGACUACACCCAAUUUCCAAAUCCAUCAGCAAGGUUUACAGCGAUCUCCCUCCAUGUCGCGCUUGAAUCACAUGCAACAACAACAGCAGCAGCAACAACAGUACAAUUUGACUGCCGGUAAUGCUGCCAGAAUUUAUGGGCAGAUGAAUUUUGCUAGCAGCCAGCAGCAGUUGCCACAGCAGCAGCAGCAGCAGCAACAAACCCAGAAUCAACAAAUUGGUCAGAUGGGUAAUGCCACCUUAACCCGCUCAGCUUUGAUGGGUCAAACCGGUCAUCUUACAAUGUUGCCCGGUCAAGCUGCCGCCGCUGCUCAGCUUAAUUUACAAUCCCAAUUAUUAGCAUCGCCAAGGCAGAAAGCUGGGUUAGUUCAAGGGUCUCAAUUUCAUCCAGGAAAUACACCUGGACAAUCAUUGCAAGGAAUUCAAAUGGGGAUGAAUAUGAUGGGAUCUUACAAUUUGAAUUCUCAAAUUAGGGCAAAUGGGUCUCUUGCUUUCACCCAACAAAGGAUAAAUCAAGGGCAGAUGAGACCGCAAUUGACCCAGCAAAAUGCACUAGCAUCUAGUCAGAAAUUGCAGGCACAGAGUCUAUCGCGGACGUCAUUCAUGAACUCACAAUUGUCAGCAUUAGGUCAAAAUGGACAAUUAGCUAUGAUGCAAAAUAAUCUAACCCAACAACAGUGGUCAAAGCAAAUGCCAUCGAUGUCCGCACCCAAUUCUCCCUCAUAUCGAUUUGCACAACAGAGGCAACAACAAGCACUUUUGGGACAACAACUUCCUUCUUCUCAAUUGCACAAUUCUAUGUCGUUGAAUCCGCAACAGUUAUCUCAAAUGGUUCAACAUCAGCAGCAGCAACAACAACACCAGCAGCAGCAACAACCAAUUGGGCACCAACAGCAACAGCUUUUGCAGCAGCAGUCACCAAGAAUUGCAGGAUCGGCAGGCCAAAAAUCUCUAAGUUUGACUGGAUCGCAACCUGACGCAACUGCAUCUGGGACAACCACACCUGGUGGAAGUUCAAGCCAAGGGACAGAAGCCAGCAAUCAUCUUCUCGGUAAAAGGAAAAUACAAGAUUUGGUUGCACAGAUAGAUCCAAAUGCGACUUUAGAUCCCGAAGUUGAGGAUCUUCUUUUGAUGCUUGCUGAUGAAUUUAUCGAUUCGGUUACUACAUUUGGAGCUACCUUGGCCAAACAUCGCAAUUCAUCAAUUGUGGAAUCGAAAGAUGUGUUGCUACACCUUGAAAAAAACUACAAAUUGACGAUUCCUGGGUUCUCAAGUGAAGAGAGGAAACAAGAACAAAAUCACACCCCGAGUGAUCUCCACAAGAAGCGUCUGGAUUUGAUACAAGGACUGAUGGAGAACUCAUACUCUGAAACAAACAUGACUAAUAAUUCUAAGGAAGUAGUAGUUACUCGACAGGACCACCCUCGAAACCAAUUCGGUGGCAAUCAGCAGAGCAGACCUUCCCCGAGUUCAGACCAGCUCAACCCUCAUUCUCAACACAAACAAGGGUUCGAUGGCUACUAGUUGUGAUGUCGAACCGCGGUGCUCAAGUCAGAUUGGAGGAUGUGGAAGUGUAUGAUAUAGAGAAGAGGGAGGGAGGUAGUUUGAGUUAACAGACAGACACAAACACUAUAGUUUUACAAAUUGUGGUUAUUAUAUGGAUGGAUGGAUGGAUGUUGUUGUUUUGUUUGCAACUGUUUUUAGCAUCAUGUGUUGAGAUCCU